UUUCGGAUGGGGGUUGAGAGGGGAGGACUGUAACUCUGAGUCAGUUACAGGUUUCCGUGGCUGCAGCGCAGUUGUGAAGGCGGUCGUGGAUGCGUUCAGAGGCUCGCGCUCCUGCUCACAGCGCAGGAUCUCUAAGGAUUAUUACCGCUGCAAAAGGACCCUUAUCACGCCGUGUGGAAGGACGCAUUCAUUCUGGAUAUACUUACAGUAAUUUAAUAAAAAGAGGGAUUAGUUCAAAGGUCUGAGCAUCCAUAAUCAUGGAUGGGAUGAAGACGUACUUCUUUGGGCUCAUCUUUGUCGUGGUGGUUUCAGUCACACCUGGACUGUCCACACCGACCAUCUGGCCAAACCAGGACGAGUUGUUCCUGCAGCCCAGUUCUCCCAUCAACAUCAGCUGCACUGGGGACAGAGACGUGGCUUGGCUCGAACCCCUCCCUGAAGAUGCUGUUGUUAUUUCAGAGGGUUUCUCUUCAACUCUCUUGAUUCCCAAAGCAACUGUUGAGCACACCCGUUUUUAUGAGUGCACAUACGUAAACCAGAUUGACAUAGAAGAAGAGCAUGAGGAAAUGGCGUACAUCUACAUCUUUGUCCAAGAUCCCCACAUCCCCUUUGUCCCAGAGACACCGGAAAACCUCAUCAUUCCCCAUGACUCUUUUCGGGUGAUCAUCCCCUGCCGUGCAUCCCACCCGACUGCUUCUGUCAUCCUGAGGAGCGUCCCAGCCAGAGAGAAGAUCAGCAACUCCUACGACUACAAAACGGGUUUCAUCGACAACCUCCCUCCUGGGCAGUACCAGUGUGAGACCACUGUGAACGGCCAGACGUUCACGAGUGACGUCUACACUGUAAAAACCGAGGAACUUGAGAAGGUUGAGGACUUUGAGGUGGAAGUGAAAGCCAGUGAAGAGACGUUAAGGGCUGGCCAGCCUCUCAACAUCACCUGCAUCGCUCCGUCUGGAUCAGGCUUCCAGCAGCAGUGGGUUCACUCGAAAAAACAGGCUGUAAAUGCAAAUCAGAUGAAGCAGACAGCCCCUGACUGGGUGAUCUACAGCCUCAGCAUCCCACGAGCCGCCGCUCAGGACAGCGGCGUGUACGAGUGCUCGGUCACACACACGGUCAGUGGAAGAACCAGAGUCAGCAGAGUGGCUGUGACUGUUUUUGAAGAGAACUCCUUUUUGGCUCUGGACCACAGCGGGAUCCUCACGACGGAGUUUGUCAGCAUUUUGGAGGAGACACAGUUCACCAUCCUGAUUAAUGCCUAUCCAGCCCCUUCAGUGUCAUGGCUGAAAGAUGGCACGGCGCUGUCAGAGAACUACUACGUCUCCUCUAAUUUAAGCCGCAUUGAAGGGAACCGGUAUGAGAGCACUCUGACCUUCCGGCACCCUCUGGAGAAAAACAGCGGGAAUUACACGAUCAGAGCUUGGAGCGACUCUCACACAGCCCAGUUCUCCUUCCUCCUCAAAGUGAGAGCUUCAGCUGGAUUGAUGAUCUUACCAUCCUCAGCCCCGGUGCUGCUGCCAAAUGUGGAUGAGAUGGUAGCGCCCCUUCACACCGCUUUUGUCUUGACGUGUCGCGGGGCAGCACAUCUGGAGUGGGAGAUACCGCACACUGUUCUGGAGCAGACGCAGCAGGACAGCAGCGGCCUGUAUGUGACCUCCAUCACCGUGGAAAAAGCAACGGCCAUGCACACCGGCUACUACAUCUGCUUCUACACAAACGCCACACACCACACAGAGGAGAGCAGCAUCUACGUCUACGUUCCAGAUCCUGAUGCCCCCUUUGUGCCAUCACCUUGGUCUUUCAUGAAUCCCGUCCUGUCCGACCACGAGGAGAUGGAGAUUCCCUGCAGAGUGUCUGACCCAACAGCACACGUGACACUGCUGAACGUUGACACCCAGCAGCCUGUGCCUUGUGUUUAUGACAGUAAAAGAGGGGCUUUGGGGAUAUUUACUGCUGGAACCUACGUCUGCAAGGCCCUCAUUAAAGGAAAGGAGCACUACAGUGAGGAGUACAUCGUUCACGGCUUGAUAGGCACAUUGCACGUUGAACUGUCAGCCAAAAAGACAGCUCUGAUGGUUGGGGACACCAUCGUUGUCAACUGUCUGGCUCGAGGACCUGAGAUGUUAGAAGACCACUGGAAGUACCCAGGCAAGCUGGCUAAUCGCGGCAGCAAAACCGUUAAAGAGAACAGGAAGGCUCAGGAGAUCCUGUACACUCUGACAAUCCCACAAGCUUCAACCAAAGACAGCGGCGUCUACUCCUGUUCGCUCACUGAUAUAGUCUCUACUAAGAGCCAGACGAAGGAAGUCAACAUCCAAGUGUUUGCCAGUGAGGUCAUGUCCAUCCAGCCAGAGUUUAGGGAGUACGAAUCUGCAGAGCUAGACGAGGUGCGGGAGUUCAAGGUGAAGAUCGACUCUUUUCCAGAAGCUCGUAUCACUUGGUUGAAAGACGGUAGCCCUCUCAGCAAUGUGACAGCGGAGAUCUCCACCAACCUGAGGCAGAUCAGUGAGAUCAGCUACAUCAGUGCUCUCACUCUGAUCCGGGCCAAGGAGGACGACAGUGGGAACUACACCAUGCGGGUGCAGAACGGAAACCAAAGUCAAGAAGCUAGCUUCAUCCUCGAGGUUAAAGUGCCUGCAGUGAUCGUAGAUCUGAUGGACCUCCACCACGGUUCAGCCACAGGCCAGUCUGUGGUUUGCAUUACCAGAGGGCAGCCCACUCCUGUGGUGGAGUGGUUCAUCUGCAAGAACAUCAAACAUUGUGCCAAUGACACAUCGUCCUGGGUGCCUCUCCUCUCCAAUGCCACUGAAAUCACGAUGGAGUCGCACUUGGAUGAAGAGAGCAACCUGGAGAGCCAGGUCAUGUUUGGUCAUCUGGAAAGCACGCUGGCAGUCCGUUGCCUAGCAAGAAAUGAAAUGGCUGCUGUCAGCAGGGAAGUCAAGCUGGUGUCCAACGGCCCUCACCCUGAGCUGACGGUAGCUGCUGCCGUGCUGGUGCUCCUGGUCAUUGUCAUCAUCUCACUCAUUGUCUUGGUUGUUAUCUGGAAACAGAAACCACGGUAUGAGAUUCGCUGGAGGGUCAUAGAGUCUGUGAGCCCGGACGGCCAUGAGUACAUCUAUGUGGAUCCCAUGCAGCUUCCCUACGACUCCAGAUGGGAGUUCCCCCGUGACAGACUCGUGCUCGGUCGGAUUCUGGGUUCUGGAGCUUUUGGGAAGGUGGUUGAAGGCACCGCCUACGGACUUAGCCGCUCCCAGCCAGUUAUGAAGGUGGCAGUGAAAAUGCUGAAGCCCACAGCUCGCUCCAGUGAGAAGCAGGCUCUGAUGUCUGAACUGAAGAUCAUGACUCAUCUCGGACCUCAUCUGAAUAUCGUUAACCUCCUGGGAGCGUGCACCAAGUCAGGCCCUAUCUACAUUAUCACUGAGUACUGCUUCUAUGGAGACCUGGUCAACUACCUUCACAAGAACAGGGAGAACUUCCUGAGCCUGAGCCCGGAGAAAAACAAGAAGGAACUGGAUAUAUUUGGAAUUAACCCUGCAGAUGAGAACAGCAGGAGCUAUGUGAUCCUGUCCUUUGAGGGUAAAGCAGACUAUAUGGACAUGAAGCAAGUGGACAACACUCAGUAUGUUCCCAUGCUGGAGAUAAGUAGCACCUCCAAGUACUCCGACAUCCGGAGGUCCAACUAUGACCAUCCUCCCUCUCAGAAAGGUUCAAACGAAGCUGAGAUGGACAACCUGCUGUCGGAUGACAUGAACGAAGGCCUCUCAACAACCGACCUGCUCAGCUUUACCUACCAGGUGGCCAAAGGAAUGGAGUUUCUUGCUUCCAAAAAUUGUGUACAUCGAGACCUAGCGGCCAGAAAUGUCCUCCUCUCUCAGGGCAAGAUAGUUAAAAUCUGUGACUUUGGACUGGCCAGAGACAUCAUGCAUGACAACAACUACGUCUCCAAAGGAAGCACAUUUUUGCCAGUGAAGUGGAUGGCUCCGGAAAGUAUUUUUGACAACCUCUACACAACUCUGAGUGACGUUUGGUCAUAUGGCAUCCUCCUCUGGGAGAUAUUCUCUUUAGGUGGUACACCGUAUCCAGGAAUGGUUGUGGACUCCAGCUUCUACAAUAAGAUCAAGAGCGGUUACAGGAUGUCCAAACCAGAGCAUGCUCCAGAUGAUGUCUAUGAGAUGAUGAUGAAGUGCUGGAACAGCGAGCCCGACAAGAGGCCGUCCUUCAUGGGUCUGAGUGAAUCUGUGGCAUCUUUGCUGCCCUCCAGCUACAAGAAGCAUUACGAGAAGGUGAACCAUGAUUUCCUGAAGAGCGACCAUCCGGCUGUCACUCGGGUGUGCGUGGAGACUGAUGCCGACUACGUGGACAUUCCAUACAAGAACCAGGGCAAGCUAAAAGACAGGGAGAGUGGCUUUGAUGAGCAGCGGCUGAGCUCUGACAGUGGCUACAUAAUCCCCCUCCCCGACCUGGACCCAGUGUCUGAUGAAGAAUACGGAAAGAGGAACAGACACAGCUCUCAAACAUCUGAGGAGAGCGCUAUAGAGACAGGGUCGAGCAGCUCCACCUAUGCUAAGCGUGAGGGGGAGACCCUGGAGGACAUCACACUGCUGGACGAGAUGUGCCUGGACUGCAGCGACCUGGUGGAGGACAGCUUUCUGUGACAACUGACUAGCCUGAGCAGAAACAGUGCAAGGAGAGGAGGUGUGAGGACAUUUGAAACCAGCCAAAGACUCUGACAUCACUGGUUCUCCUCUCAAACUGGCCAUUCCAGGGACAGAACAAAACCACUUCACAGUCUCAGUGAGUCUGUGGUGACGCAAAGGUACACAGCUCUCCUCCACAGACGGGGAACUCCUUUGGGUUGGAGAGGAGGAUGAGCAUGAACAAAAAAGUGACACAAAGGAAGGACUACUGUACACACGCCUGCUCCAAAAGUCAUACUCCUAAAGCUUUAUACCAUUGAGCCUUCUGUCAACAACAACAAAUCUAACAUGCAGAUCAGAAACUUUCAAUGAGCUCAUCAAGACAUUCAGACACCUGUAUUUGACCACUACCUAUGCACUAUUUCAUCUAGACUGCUUCAAGUGUCCAAACAGUAUUGAAAAGGAACAAAAUGAGCGCCUGAUGCUGGCACAAUCAGUAGCAAUACUUCUAUUUUAAGCACAAAAUGUGGACUGUGUGCAUGUGUUUGUACGUGACCAUGUAGUGUCCUCGGUAGUAAGGUACAUGUGGCAGUUCAAAUUUAUUUUUUUACAUCGUUGUUAUAUGAACAUGUGUUAUUUGUAAACGAGUAGAUGCAGACGCAGUAGAUGUCGUGUGUGUCUUUGCUCGGUUGUUCGUUUCUGCCUGAAAGAUCACGUCGUGGAACUUUUUAAAGGCCUGGGUCUUAUUUGAUGCACGGACUUCAUCAGAUCUAGGGUGAUUGUAGUGUAAAUAGCUCCAGAGUUGUUUUAUAAGAGAGAAAUAUUGAGAUGGUACUCCAUUAUUGUUUAUGAGUACCUGCAACGGGUUUCUGCUCAUGUUGUCACGGCUUUGGAAAAGUCGAUUACAGUUAAAAUACUAAAAAACACAUUUUUGGGAUUUUAUGAUUUAGAUUUUGUCAGAGUAUGAUGUGUUUCCACCAAAAACUGCAGGAGGCGUUGAAUUAGGAAUUUUUGAGCCAAAGAAAUGAAUAUUGUGUUUAAAUCUGAAGGUUUAUUUAAACACCUUUGGUGCGUUCUUGCUGUGUUAAAAUUCUAAUUCCAUCUUUUAGUUCUUUUUAAAACACAGAAAGGUUUUAUUUACCUGCAGCGUUUCGUUUGCGGCUGCAACCUUUCUGUGUUUUAAACCGAACGAAAAGACGGAAUUAGAAGGUUUCUUGUCUUGUAUUUUCACACAAACCCUUCAUAAGUAGGUUUCAGUCAUUCUGGACUUCUGCAUUCCCCAUGUCAUCCUCACCCGCUGUGCCUCCUCGUUUUGACUGUGAUUUAUCCUACAAUCAGAUGUUGCACUUUCCUUUUCCUCCACUUUCUGUUGGAUGAUGCCGACAAACUAACCCGGCUAAGCUAAAAACGAGAGACAGAAAAGAUGGAAACAGCUGUUGCUUUGACCCUUGAUGUGAACGUUUGCAGCACAGGUGAGUGGUGUGUGUGUGUGUGAGUGUGUGUGUGUGUGUGUGUGUGUGUGUUGGUACCCUGUCUGUAGUCAUAGAUAAUCACACUUAAUAUGACCUUUUAUUACAGUGUUACCCAUAUUCUACAUCAUGUACAGUCAGAUGAUAUAUAUUUCAAUAAAUGAUUUAUAAAGUAAACAAGUUGUU